AAUAAAGCCACGUCACUCGGCAGACAAGUUCGUUUUGACGGGUUGAUAAGUUAUUUUUUAGGUAAAGAUGAAUAUUUUUAGGCUUACCGGGGAUAUAUCCCACUUAAUAGCUAUAAUAAUCCUUCUGCAGAAAAUUUGGCGUACGAGAUCCUGCGCGGGAAUUUCAGGAAAAAGUCAAAUACUAUUCGCGAUCGUCUACACAACUAGAUACUUGGACUUGCUGACAGCCUAUGUGUCUUUAUACAAUACAUUCAUGAAAUUUAUAUUCCUAGCCACAUCGUAUGCUACAAUUUACUUAAUUUACAUGAAAUUUAAGGCAACUUACGACCAAAACCACGACACUUUCAGAAUUGAGUUCCUAGUUGCCCCCGCGUUCGUAUUAGCCUUGCUUAUUAACCACGAAUUCAGCAUUCUAGAGAUAUUGUGGACUUUCAGUAUUUAUUUGGAAUCAGUUGCUAUUUUGCCGCAACUGUUCAUGGUCAGCAAGACAGGUGAGGCUGAGAGCAUCACUUCGCACUAUUUGUUUGCUUUGGGCUCGUACAGGGCUCUCUACAUUUUCAACUGGAUUUACCGUUACGCAACUGAAAGUCACUACGAUUUAAUUGCGAUCGUUGCCGGUGUAGUGCAGACUGUGCUGUAUUGCGAUUUCUUCUAUUUAUAUGUCACCAAAGUUUUGCAUGGUAAGAAGCUCCAACUGCCGGCUUGAAGAGAUUAAGUUAAGACUAAGUUUUUGUACAAAAAAUCUUAAAUUGUUUUAAAUAAAUUUUUAUUAUUAAGAAUUUUUUUAUUCUAUUUAUAAAUUCACUAAUGAAAGGGAACUAUAGAGUCAAAUUAUAAUCACAAUUUUGUUAACUUUUCUUAGUGUUCCUCUUGUUGGGAUAUAAUACUUUUUUAUAAUAAAGUGUGCUUAAAAUAUUCACUAAAUUGUUCAUUAAUUAAUGUGAGUGUAUAUAGGUUUAAGCUUAUGUAACCAAAAAUCAAAUGUUAUUGUAUUAUUUUUACUGAUAGGUUUUAGAAUUUUGAUGCCAAUAUCUCAAGUAUUGUAAUUAAAUUAUUUUACUUUAUUAAAUCUAUUCAGUAUAGGUGAAUCGUACUUGAAGUUUAAGUAUACAUCAAUGUGUAAAGAUCUUCCUAAAUAAUAAAUUAAUACCA